UUGUUUGGCUCGAUUAUUCUCCUAUAAUGCGGUGCUCAUAGUGGCAGUGUUGCGUUAUGAACAUAUUUUGAAGUGGGUGCAUUGAUGCAAAACUGUGGACUCCUGGAUUGAAAAGCAGAUUUUCCAGCCCAACAAUGGUUCAAGAGAUAUGCGUUUUUCUGUUUUCCCUGACAGCUCUUGGUGUACUUUACAUUAUGAACAAUGUUCCGGCAUUUCAAGAGCCAGUGGUUAUUCUUGAAGUUGGGGUGGCUGUUCUUGUGGCGGUGUUCAUUUUGGUCUACGCUGCUACCCGCUGCGAUCCUCCCAAAGAUCCUUUGUUUUAUGUUUUUGCAGAAUUUUCCUUCACUUGUAUCAUUGACCUCACAAGCGCUUUGGAAUAUGACGGCUUCAUCUCUGGGUUUAUGGAGUUCUAUCAGAAAACCGGCGAGCCGUAUCUCGGUACACCGUAUGCCACCAUGAUGUGUUACUGGGAUGGUAUCGUGCACUUUAUCAUUUACCUGAUGCUGGUGCACCGCAUCUCAAACAGGAAACAGUACCGCACAUUGGGACUCUUUUGGUCUGGAUCGCUGUGUGCCAACAUGAUUGUGUUUGUUCCAGGAAUAGUCGCUGGUAAAUAUGGCUCAGAGAUUCGUCCUGCCUUCUGGCUGAACAUGCCCUUCUUACUGGUGCCCAUAUGGGGAGCGGUGUCCCUGUUCUCCAGGCCGAGGGACGUCCCACUUAUGGUCACAUACAAGGCUGAACGUGAACAGAAAAAGGCUUUGAUCUGGCGCCCAGUGGACCUGUUCUUUGUGAUUUACGUAGUGGCUGCGAUGGGCUUUAGUCUCUUUAGAGGACUGGCAGUUCUUGAUUGCCCGCUGGAAAUCCUCGACAGAUAUGUGAUCGAGUAUGAACCGUAUCUGAAGGAUCCUGUGGGCUUCCCCAAAGUUAUGAUGUUGUUGAUGCUAUUCCAUGCGCUUCCAAUGCUGGGUUGUUUUGCGUAUGGGUUAUGCACACCUGGAUGCACCUGGACGGUGUUUUUUGCAGGUGCCGUUUUACAGUGCCAGUGGUCUCAUAUCGGAGCAUCUCUGCACCCACGUACUGCGGAAACGUACAGAAUUCCUGCCACGGCCCUGCCGCCCGUCCUCCUCCUAAACCUGCCGUAUGCUGUGGGUCCCGUGCUGCUCGCUCUGCGCUGCCAACGACAGCCGGAGUAUUUUCUUUCCCUUGCACCCAUGGGUCAAACUAACAAUAAGAAGAAAUUAAGAUAAAUUACACUUUCAGGCUUUAGAAUGAUUUAAAAAUAUACAGUAAGUAUGACGUAAUAUGACUUAAGACAACGUAAAGAUAAGUACUUACAUUAAACUGCAGUUUUAUGUCUCAAACAGAGAUGGCGAUAGAGAGGCAAACAUUAUGGAUUACAGCAUUAAAUGUAUAGUACACAUAGGACUUGACGUUCAGUAUAAAAAACGAAGUACAUGCAGUGAGUUUCUGAUAAUGUGGUUAUUAUUUAAGUUAUAAAAAUACAUCUUUUAAACCUCUUUUGUGUCAGUUGCCAGAGUUAUGGUUGUUAGUAAGUUCUUCACGAGAAACAACUUUAAAUUGUACAAGGCAGAGAUCAUUAAACCAUAACUCACUCUCCUCCUGCCUGCAGAAAACAGUAUAUUUAAUAAUGUGUUUAUCUGACCUCAGUCAUCCUUUCUGAAAAUGCGACCUGCAACAAAUAUAGCUCCCUUAUUCCUGUGUGUCUUCCUAGUCUUCCGCUGGCUCAAGACAGAUGCCAUCGUGACAUUAAAACUGUAAUAAAUGUCAAAAGAUUCUCUAAAGUUUGCUUUUUGUGUAUCACGACAUAUGGUGAAUAAUUGUCUGGUCUCAUGGGUUAUAAAUAAUUAUCUGAACAACAGCUUCAUGUGGAUAUCUCACAGGCACAUGACCAAGUCAGCAGGGAGGAGUUCUACUAACCACUAACCUUAAAAGGCACAUUUGCUCAGCACCUUUUUUUAAUGCUGAUUAGGAGCAAUGCGUGUUCUUCUUGCACACACAGCGCUGUGUGGCGUCUUUCAAAUCAAAUCAAAUCUGCCCUUUCAAAGCUGCUGGAAAGUUACACAAGAAGCCCAGGAGAACAUUUUUAUGACCAUCUAUAUAUCACAGUGUUUAUGUUUCACAUCUUAUUUUACUAUAUUGAGUGAAAUAACACAAGUGCUCUAAAAUAUUUACACAUUUGACGCACUGAUGUAAACAGUGUAUUUUAAGUAUGACGAGUAUUUAGUGCGUGUAGAUCUUUUAAAGUAUUUGAGAAUUAUUCAACAGCAGAUUCUGAUCACACCAAAAGUUUAUAAAAUUAAUAAAAAAGCGUUGGAGAAUGCGGGCAUCGAUCCCGCUACCUCUCGCAUGCUAAGCGAGCGCUCUACCAUCUGAGCUAAUUCCCCAUCCGGUUUACGCAAGCGACUACUUACGUAAAAUACGUAGCGCUUCUAACAUACCAUAACCUGAUCUAAUUUGUUUUUUGUUGUUGUUUCAUUUCGUUUUGCUAAAUUCUUGUUUAACAAAAUUAACAAUUUCUUGAAAUACAUUUUACUCGUUUAUCAAGAUCACA